AGCAGCAGAAGUUGUGUCAGGAAGCCUGUGCGCUGGGAGUCGCUCUUCUCCUCAGGCGCCGCCCGCAGCCCGUCUCGUGGCGGUUCCCUCGCUGCCUAUUUUAGUCAAAGCCUCGGCUUGCCUCUCUCAGCGGCGGCGGCAGCGCUACCAAGCGCGCGGCUAGACGGGGCUGAGGAAGGGACAGGGGCGCGUCGCCGGCGUUGACGGGCAAACUUGGUGGCAAGAUCAGUAACAUCAUGAACCAAGCACACGUGGAAGUCUCAGGACUCAACUUGGAACAGUAUGGAUGUCUAAGAAGACUGUUUCCCUAGCUGAGUAACUUUGAAUCUCUUUAAGCUAUAAAAUGCAUGGACAUAAUGGUGAUCAGCUAACAAAGGCAAAGUUGGAGCAAUGAUGGGCUGUUAUUUUGUCAGAACCUUAUUUUUUUAACAGAGUUUUUGAACUCGCAGAGACAGACGAUGGCAAUCAAUACCAAUCAAUUGGAUGUUCCAGUCAUGGAAGACAACUCAAGUUUUUGGGACAGUUUGAUAUAUGCACACCCAAUCUGUGUCAACUGGAAGUCGGAAGCAGAAGGAUCAAUCUAUCAUUUGGCCAGCAUCUUGUUCGUUGUUGGCUACAUGGGUGGAAGUGGCAUUUUCGGCCUGCUCUACGUCUUCUUUUUGCUUGGACUAGGUUUCCUCUGCUCAUCUGUCUGGUCAUGGCUGGAUGUCUGUGCAGCUGACAUUUUCUCUUGGAAUUUUAUACUGUUUGUGAUAUGCUUUGUACAGUUCAUUUAUGUGGCCUACCAAGUCCGGAGUGUUGCCUUUGACAAAGAUAUCCAGGAGCUUUACCUUGCUAUGUUCCGGCCCCUGGGGAUUUCUAUGACAAUUUUUAGAAAGAUCAUCAUGUGCUGUGAUGAAGAAGUAGUUACACUGGAGAAGGAGCACUGUUAUGCCGUGCAAGGCAAAACACCAAUUGAUAAGCUCUCCUUGCUUCUAUCAGGAAGGAUCAGAGUGACAGUGGAUGGGGAAUUUCUGCAUUAUAUUUUCCCCCUCCAGUUUCUGGAUUCGCCUGAAUGGGAUUCGCUAAGACCCACAGAAGAAGGCAUUUUUCAGGUAACCCUCACAGCAGAAACAGACUGUCGAUAUGUGGCCUGGAGGAGAAAAAAAAUGUAUUUACUCUUUGCUAAACACCGAUUCAUCUCACGGAUAUUUUCGAUUCUAAUUGGGAACGACAUUGCUGAUAAGCUCUAUGCUCUGAAUGACAGAGUGAACCUGGGGAAAGGAUUCCGAUGUGACAUCCGCUUACCAAACUUCUAUCAUGUGUCCGUUCCAGAGGCACCCAAAAUGCAACCUGUAAACCAGAUUCAGCACAGUUCAAGACAACAUUAACUAAUAUUGUAAAAUGUGACUGUGGUUCAAAAUGAUGCAUUUUGCGUUCAUUGCAUCUGGAAUGAACUGUGGCAGUUUCAUAAAAAUACAAAUGGAAGAUUCUCAUUAAGGCAACUUUAAAAUAAAAGCAUUUUUUUUCCCAGCGGAAAGAAAGAGAAAAAACUAGCACAGCUCCUUUCAUCGUGUCUAAGCUAGCAGGAUGCCCAUCUUGACUGAUCGUGCGUUAUGAUUAGUUUCUGUUUACUCCUUCUGCUCAUCUUACUAUGUUGCGGGGGAUGGGCGCACAGUUAUAAAUUAUUAUGGGAUAAAGCUUUGUUGUAAUUGUGGUGCCUUGGAUAUUGUGGUCUCAAAAAUGACAUUUGCACAGAGCUCUUCAUGUUUAUUGAGGCCUCCUUGUCAUCAUGAAUUAUGCAAGCAGUUUUAUCUUAGAGAACAGCAACAUGCAGACCAUCUCUAAAAAGUAAUCUUCACUCACUUGUUACUUGGUAAUUACAAUGCAUAAAUUUGGUCUCAUUGUGCAGUGCCUUUCAGAAGAUGACACGUGAAACAGGAAACUGCACAGCCUGUAAAACCUGGAAGAAGGCUAACAAUAAUUUCUUUCUUGCAUACAUUCAUGAAGUGAUGACUUGAGAUUUAUCUCAGGGUAUUGCAGAGAGGCUAUACAUGAAAACAAAAGGCACUAAUGUAAUUACUUUGAGUACAAAGCAUGUGCCAGUCACUUUAAUUGCUGCAACAUAUGUAGCAGGGAAGGAAUAUUCAGGUAUUUUAAUUGAAAGUAGAGCAGCAGGUAUCCUAGCUGUGGAGAAAUAGCAGUUUUCUAAGAAUAGUAGUAGUAUGAUAAAUGCAACAUUCCCCAUGGUAUAUAUAUUCAUUUCUGCUGACCCACUGUUGCCUCUAGUCAAAUAGGUUUUGCAGGUUUUUAAGCACUGCAAAAACCUGCUGAACCUGUGAACUGAAAUAGCAACAUCGUUCUGUGGGCAAUUAUUACCAUGCUACCACAAGCUCUUGGAGAAAGAAAAAUACCAUCAGCUUCCAUGUCUAUAAAAGAAGAUACAAAAGCAAACCAUGAGAUCAUAUUGUAGAUUUGCAAAUGUUCAUACAAAACAUGUGAAGCAGGGAGACAUGAUUUAAAUUAUAACUCCUCACCCUGCAACAGCUUUGUUUGUUAUUUCUAUUUAACAGAAACAUCAGAUUGUGAUUUUUCCCAAGGUUUGAAUCCAGACCCAAGUACCGCUAAUGCCAUUAUCAUAUGGUACAUUAUAAAUACUGAAUGUUGCCAUAUCAAAGUUAACUACCCCAGUUCCAUGGUUAUGUCAUCAGGUGUGGCCACUUUGGUUAAAUGGUGAUAGUAAGAUGCCCUGAAUGCCUGUUGUCCAUAAGUAACGUUCAGAGUGUUGAAUGAAACAGCAAAACACUUCUGCUUGUAUGCCAGAAGUGAGUCCUGCACACCUAUCUUUAUGGAGGAAAUGAGUGACCUAAUGUGGAUAGUUAUACCAAUGUAGCAAGUGAGAUUUCUGAUGCAGCUGAUGGUGGUGGUUUUAGUGCCUACUGAUAGAAAAAUUUAGUGGAGAUGGCCAUACUUUUCAAGGGACAGAAGAUGCACUUAACUAACUAAGCCCAAAUGGAAAGGGAUAUGAUGAGCUCUUUUGAGUGCACCUAGAAUAUUUGGGAGUCUAGUGGAAUGUUUUACUUUGAAUAGCAUGCCUUCUUCCCAUGCAAUUUAACUUUUUAUGAAAUGGUCUUUAGUUCCAAAACUUUGUGCUUGACAUGGGGAAUGGGGCUACUGCUUGAGAAACUGAAGUACCAAGCCCUCUUUGUCAUGCAAAAUUAAUUUGCUGCUUGUUCAUUAGAACCUGGUUUACAUUUAUUUUUUUAUAAAGAUGCCAAAUUUUAUUUUUAUCAUUUUAUAUAAAAGAUCAAGGAGGAAGACAACUCCACAAUAUUUUAUACUAUAAACUUUAUAGUAAUGAAAACAGAAACAAUCACAUAAACAUUAAGUAUGUGUGAAAUGACUUGAUCUUAUUAAUGUUAUGGGGCUGGGUGAUCUAUUGCGUAUGUUACUGCUCAGUUCAUCCUGUAACUACUUUUCUUUUAAGGAGGAAAAGGUGUAAAGGCUUUUCUACUUACAUGUCUGAUACACAAAAAAGAAUGAUUAGUUUUUAUGGAGCAAUAUUGAAGAGUCUAUAAUGAGAAAUGCCACAAUUUCUUUAACCCUGUCAGAAAGCCGGAGACUGUUUGGUGAAGGUCUGCCCCUGUAAACAUUUUGAGCCAAGACUCUUUGGAAAUGAAAAAAGUGCACCAUCCUGGACCUGCCUGGCAUCUGGCUGUUAUUUGCAAUUUAAAUUGUCUAGUUCAUUCAUGAUUAUUGGUUGUAUCCAGUGUUAAUCCCACUAAGAGUCUACCCAUUGAAAUUAGUGUACAUGGCUGACUUAGCUUCAUUAAUUCCAAUGCAUCUACUAUGACUAUACCUUAGUAGGAUACAGCACUCUUUUUACAUUCCAGCCUUUACCUUCAAGCCAUCUUUUUGAAAGCACUGCUGUACCAGAUCUGGAUUGUCUUAUUUUCUCCACACUUUUGCUUCUUGUUAGGAAUUGAAUUUUCUAGACUUAUUAAUUCAAAUCAAACCCAAAAUAAUGGACUAGAAGUAAUCCAAAUGGAAUCACUUCCAGUGGGUUAAU